CACAAAACCUCGUAGACUUUCCUUUAACUCGUUCAAACGCGGUUCACUACGUGUUUUAUCAUGGCUCUUCUCAACGGCAAAAAUUUGUCACUGUGGCUUCUGGGAAUUCUUCUCAUCUGUUCUCAGGUGGCACAUGCUCUGUAUUUCUACCUUGAUGGAACUGAAAAAAAGUGCUUUUUGGAAGAAUUACCAAAGGAAACGAUGGUUAUUGGAACUUACAAAGCCGAGCAAUUUUCCGAUGCGCAUAAGCAAUGGAUCGUCAAUUCCGAUUUGAAAAUUUACGUUACAGUCGAGGAUUUAACGCAAGGUCUCCGAGUAUUCGAACAGUCAGGUACUUCAGAGGGUGAAUUCAAGUUUACAUCAGCAGAGUCAGGCGAUCAUUCCAUCUGUUUGGCGGCUUCGAGCUCUUCGUGGUUCGACUCGACAAAAACGCGAGUGACCUUUGAUAUGGAUUUUGAUGAUCCAGCCGUUAUGCACGAUCAUUCGGAGACUCUUUCUGAUUUGGCUCAACGAGUGCAUGAGUUGAACGAACGUGUGCAGGAUAUUCGCCGUGAACAAAGCUCUCAGAGAGAGCGUGAAGCUGAGUUCCGCGAUCAAUCCGAGUUGACUAAUUCGCGUGUGGUGUGGUGGACAAUUGCUCAGAUCGUCGUUCUUGGUGCAGUAUGUGCAUGGCAGAUGCGACAUUUCAAGAAUUUCUUUGUUGCCAAGAAGCUCGUAUAAAUAAAUAAAUGAAGGCCUGCUUAGCAUGGUUCAAUAGAGUGAUAUGGUUUGUAUUUUUAAAUGUAUUGGGCUGUUUCUAGUCGGACUCGUCUUAUUGCUUGCACCUUUCCAAUCACCCCAUCGCCUAGACCAUGUCACGGAGAACAAAUACUUUAUUAACGCCUCUACUCGAUGUCUUGCAAAAUCAUUAAAGCACAUCUGUAAUUAGCG